CAGCUAAUGUCAAACUUGAAAAUGAAAACAAACGUCAAAAACUGUAUACAGUUAUAAGGUUUCCAUUGUAUUUCAUUUUCAGGAAAUUAAUCGACGGUUUUCUAUCUGCAUUAAUGCAGAAUACAACAAUAAACUGAUGUUUAGCACCAUGAAAUUCCUCAUAUAGAAGGCACCCAUUUUGAAUGUUUUAAAACAUUGAAUGUGAGGAUAUCAAAGGCUUGUCCAUGAACUUGGGGCUAUUCAACCGUAUGAACCUAAAGGAGAGCAGUGAAAGCAAAGGAAUGUACUCAGAAUGGACAUCUCUGAGUCUUGCCAUUCAACAGAGUGGGGAGGACACUCAGAGUGUUUUGGAAAAGUUUGGACUACCUGUCAGCAAAGAUAUAACCGUAGCACUUGUGCAUCAGCUAGCUAGCAACCUAGGCAUCACUCAACCUGCUGAGCCUAGUCAUCUGUCCUCUGAUAAAGAUGUUCAAUGGUGUAUGGAAGUCAUAUGUUUUGGCCUCUCUCUUUCCCUCACUGAACAUGAAGCCAUCAAAGAUUGUGUCAAUGUUUACUGUGAAUGGCUCACUGCUUUACUGCCUAAUCCUAAAAUAUGUGUCCCUCAACCCAUAUUGGAUGACCCCAACUUGUAUUCCAGAAAGAUGAUUUCUCAUUUGCACUACCUGUUUGUUCCAAGGAAAGGAGAAGGUAAUUUUUUCUAAAAGCUCAUAUUAAGUAUUCUAUAUUUGUAUCUCAUUAGAAUCUUGGGUUUUCUCAAUAAAAAAUUACUGCUGAACAUCUUGCAUAAUGAUUUAUGAUAAUGACGUUAUUUGAAAUAUUUGUUAUAGAAAAAACAUAAACACCAUACUGUCAUUAAAUAUGUACCAUAUUGAAGGUGAAAAUGAGAACUAUUUGUUUUGGGCUGUCAGGUCACACACACAAACACACACACUUUUGCCAUGUUUACUUCUUAUGAAAUUGCCUGUAUAUCUCUGGUAGUAAACUCUCAUGUAUACCUUUAGUUCAAGCCAACUCUGAAAACCUUAAUUGAAUAAUGUUUAGAUAAAAAAUAUUUUCAUGAAUGUUUGAUCUAUGUGUAAUCUAUUAACCUCUACAUAAUAAUUUACUUACAAGACUGGCCAUUUCUGUAUCAGGACCUAGGUUUUGACACAAUCCAUAGACAAGCAGUAUUUUGCCAUCGUGUACUGAGAACACUCCAACAGAUUGCGCACGAGUCUAAGAUGUUAGAAAGAGAUACCUGGGAAGCUCUCCUUUUAUUCCUCUUAGCUAUUAACGAUACUCUUCUAUCUCCCCCAACUGUCAAAGAUGAUGUGGCAGAUCAACUUUGUGAAAGAGUUCUGAGUGUUCUUUUUGAGAUAUGGCUAAUAGCUUGUGCACAAUGCUUUCCAGCGCCACCAUUAUGGAAAACCUUGAGAGAAUCUUGUAUGAACUGGAGGCAUAGGGUGGCGCUAGUGGAGCAAUGGAAUCGAGUUAACUUGGCUCUCACCUCAAAAGUGUUGGUGUUUAUGUAUGGUCCCUCCUUUCCAGAGUUGAAAAUAGGAGAAGACGAUAUAAUUCCACCUGGCAUGUCUAAUGACUGCAUUGCGCAGAGCUGGUACAGAUUCUUAAAUACAAUAGGAAAUCCUGUUAGCCUUACCAAACCAAAGGUUAUAAGCCAGACACAGAAAUUCUUACAGUUUGCUAUCAGUACCGAUGGUAUCGCCGAUCCUUGUCAACAUUCUUGCUUACAAGCUCUCCCUUUGAUAUUCCUGAAAGCAAUUAAAGGGAUUGCAGGACAAGUUGACGCAUUUUUGGGUAUAGCACAGCCGAUAUGGUGGGACUCUGUGGUGACUGGGGCAUGGGGCAGCACCGACAAGAACAAAAACGCAACGCCUGUCACUCAUUCUCCGACCCCGCCUACCCAACGGCGUCUCGCUAAAAGUUUCAGUGUCACCCAGUCUUCUGCUACUAAGGGUAUUCCAAAGUCCUCCUUAAUAAGUCUAACAACCAGCCGAAGCUCUGCAGUACCUCAAUUGACAUCUACCAAUUCGGGACCAUCUUCAGCAUCUAGCGUUUCUUCACUGACAUCUUUUGGCUCCGAGCCAAAGUCACCAUUAGCACCAGGAAGAGCAAAAUGUAACACUAUAUUGCACUUGUUUGGAGAAUGGUUAUUCGAAGCCGCAUUUAUUGGAUGUGAUUUACCUCAAAAGCAAACAUCAGGUGAAUCUAAGAGAGCAAACUCAUUAGUUAUGGAGAGCUACUCCCAACCAGGAUCAAUUACGGAUACUAGUGAGCUACCUCCUGGAUUAACGAUAGACAAAUAUGAAAGUGGAAGAGCUGAAGCCCUAGGCACGCUGUGUAGAAUCAUGUGCGCCAAAAAAACUGGGGAAGAAAUUUUACCAGUGUAUUUAGCUAGGUUUUACCUAGCUAUAAUUCAAGGACUUAAGGUACCUCCUACCAAAGAAUGUGGAGAAUGUAUGGCUGCUAUUUUAAUAAACUCAGCGGACCUAUUCCAUCUGGACCUAGAUGGUGUAAGAAUACUCAUACCUGCCUUUAUGUCUGCAUUAGAAGUUGUUUUGCCUGACAAGGAUCUCAAAUUGUGCGGGAAUAUCAACAAAGUAGAGUUAAGGAAAUCGUGUAUUCAGCUGUUGUUGUCGAUGCUGGUGUUGCCUUUGCAUUUUCAGAACGUCCCUAUCAAGGAACUGAUCAAUUCAGGAUCUAAUGAGAGGCCGGUAACCUUCCUUCAACUGAAACCGAAACUGAUGAAUUUACUAAUGAAUGCUUUACAAAUUGAAUCAGAUCCACAAAAUACUCACAUGUUACUUGGUGGUUUAUUCCUGUGUGUACAAGAUUCGGCCAUUUAUGAACAAGUCGAGCAGGUAACACAACCUUCGACUGAAACUUCCUCUAACCUGUUAAGCUCUGCUUCUGACACCGCCAGUAUGGCGAGCAUGGCUAGCAGUGAGCAUUCCACACCACCCGAGCCGUAUGGUUCUGCAGAAUAUGACCCGCUGUUGCUACCUUUAGAUUCGGCACAUGCUCUAUUCGUGAGAUCUACCUAUCUGGUAUGUCACCGCUUAAUUUCGUCGUGGAAGACCGAUCUGAAUAUAUCUUUGGCUGCGUUGGAGUUACUGUCAGGUUUAGCUCGAAUUCAUAUAAAAGGAUCAGAUGCAAUGGAAUGUCGGAGAGCGGUUAAAUGGCUCUGUGACUACAUAGUGUCCCAAUGUUCGAGACCACCACCUGCACAUUCGAAAGAUUUACAUUCCACUAUCGUUGCUGCAUUCCAGUGUUGCUCAGUUUGGUUGCUAGAACAUCCAUAUUUGCUAAAGGACAAGGAUUGCUUAACCACGGUACUAGAAGUAGCAGAACUCGGCAUCUCCGGCGCGAAAUCUGUAGGCAAACCCGGCGAACCGAUCAAAAUGAAAGAAGAAAAAGAACUUAAACCAGCAUCAAUGAGAGUAAGAGAUGCUGCAGAACAUCUUCUGAGCUGCGUGUUGGAGCAAGUCGGUUACUUUCCGAGCGAAUGUGGACCGGAGUCCAUCUCUUCUCUGCUGGAUGAAGUGUCGCUGUUGAAACAUUGCAACACUUGGCCAACAGAUUGUAGUGAUCAGUCUGUUGCAGUGGAGAGGUUCCGGUAUUUUGUGACUGAGGGAUCGGUGAUGCUUGCGUUGUUGGAGGAGCCACUAGGCAACGAUCAGGAUCCUCAGCCCACGGUGACAGUACUUAUAAGAGGUCCUUUCGGUCGUCAUGCUUGGACCAUGCAGUUACGUCAUUUACCACGCCAUCGUUCUGCAGCCAAACACCAUGGACACAAUGCUUGUCGACCUGUGGCGAUGAGAGAUAACCCCACUAGACCAUCGGUGAAGCAGAAAUAUUUUCCUGAUAGUGUAGACAGAGUUAUGCAGUGUAAAGUGGACCAAUCCAUUCCAUCUUUAGAAACAGUAUUAUCAGAUGAUGAAGAAGUAAGAAAUAGUAUAGACACACUAUCUCAGUUGAUGGGAAGACAAGCUACAGUUGAGACGAACAUUGCUCAGGCUCAGCAAUCUUCUACUCAAUCAGAAUGUGUCCCGCCACCUGUAUGUCACGAAUUUCAAACCGCCAGGUUGUUUUUGUCGCAUUUCGGUCUUUUGUCUUUGGAAGAAUCUCAGGAACUUUCUGAAAGUGGAUCACAUCUGGUAUCAAUAGACAGCAGUGCAACCGAUUUCUGUAAAGACCUAUCGCUAUUGGACGAUAUGAGCCCCAGGACAUGUGAUACAGUACAUAUAUUUUAUGUACGUUCUCAACAAACCAACGCUCAGGACAUUGUUGCUAAUGCGUUACACGAAAAUGUUAUUUCUCCUUACUUUUGGGAGUUUAUGCACAGCUUGGGGUGGCCUGUGGAUGUUAGCAAACACCCAGGUUGGACAGGGCAUGUUUCCACGAGUUGGAGGAUAUCUGGCAAUGUCGAGAAAAACUCAACGCCAAAACAGAAACGAUAUGAUGGUUCUUCGCACGUUUUGUACUGGGCAGAUGCUUGUUCUGAGAUCGCUUUUAUCGUUCCAUCACAAAUCAAACCGAGAGAUCCUUCUGUUGAACAUUCUAGUUUUAAUACAAGUAGUUUGUCAUCAUGGAGUGAGAAGAGCUGGUCAGACGUAAAGGACAAAAGAACACUUAGUUUGGAUUUGGAUAGACAACCAGUUCCUCCCAAAAGAGCCACACAUCGUUCAAAUUUGCAUCCGCAUACAAACACGAAGAUUAUGGUUGUUUGGCUGGAAAGCUUUGAGGACCAUCUUAAUAUGCCAAUUGGAGACCUGCUGAAUUGUAUGGACACAGGACUAGAAAAGGAUGUUCCCAAAACAAGCGACGUCCUAGUCAUUUACCUGCAUUUGCUCUCGACUGGAUUGUUCAGAAUCCACUUUCAAGGCCCAACAGGUCGCGUGGGAUUAGCCUCACCUCUAGUUGAUGGAAUGGUGGUUAGUCGGCGAUCUUUGGGACCUCUGGUCAGGUAUACCACCCUCAACAUGGCUCGAAGAAGGAGACUCGAUUCAGACAGCUACCAGCCACCCCACUUGAGACGCAGAUUGAAAAUCCAGGAAAUUGUCCAGAAAUACAAGAGGGACAUGAGCACACCAGAACUUUUAACUUAUUUAUUUAGUAGUACAUAAGUAACAACAGAGAUAUUAUAAAAUGUUAUUCUAAUAAACUAUUUACAAUGAA